UUCGCCUAGCAUCCUCUCCUCCUCGUCCUGCUCUAGCUUUUUGCCAUGGAGGCCGAGGCUGCGGCGAAGCGGGCGCGGGAGAGCGAGGCCACUGCAGCGGUGGACGGAGCAGGCGAGCAGGCGGGGAUCUCCGCCGUCAUCCCCGGAUGGUUCUCCGAGAUCAGCUCCAUGUGGCCCGGCGAGGCGCACUCGCUCAAGGUGGAAAAGGUUCUCUUCGAAGGGAACUCAGAUUUCCAGAAGGUAUUGGUUUUCCAGUCCUCCACCUACGGGAAGGUGCUCGUCCUGGACGGAGUGAUUCAGGUAACCGAGAGAGACGAGUGCGCUUACCAGGAGAUGAUCACCCACCUCCCCCUCUGCUCAAUCAAGGACCCCAAGAAGGUCUUGGUUAUCGGAGGCGGCGAUGGCGGUGUUCUGCGUGAGGUUUCACGGUACUCCUCGGUGGAGCAGAUUGACAUCUGCGAGAUCGACAAGAUGGUGGUGGAUGUCUCCAAGCAGUUUUUCCCUCACCUGGCCCUUGGGUUCGAAGAUCCCCGUGUGUCCUUGCACAUUGGGGAUGGUGUUGCCUUCCUGAAGAAUGCUCCAGAGGGUACCUACGAUGCGGUCAUCGUCGACUCCUCUGAUCCAGUAGGUCCUGCUCAGGAGCUCUUUGAGAAACCCUUCUUCCAGUCCGUGGCCAGAGCUUUGCGUCCCGGUGGAGUUGUCUGCACUCAGGCGGAGAGCAUAUGGCUGCACAUGCACAUCAUAGAAGACAUCGUCACCAACUGUCGCCAAGUUUUCAAAGGUUCAGUUAACUAUGCAUGGACUACUGUGCCGACAUACCCUAGCGGGGUAAUCGGUUUCAUGCUCUGCUCUACGGAGGGGCCUAGUGUUGAUUUCCAGCAUCCUGUUUUUGCCAUUGAGGAGGACGAGUACUCCACAAAGUCCAAAGGACCACUCAAGUUCUACAACUCCGAGUUCCACACUGCAUCAUUUUGUUUGCCAUCCUUCGCGAGAAGGGUCAUUGAAGCCAAGGCAAACUAGACGUCAAGAAGGGGCUCUGAAUCACACCAGUUUGGACACAAUGAAGAAUUGGUUGUACCGUAAACAAGGGAAAGGCCCCUUUUCUUAGCUUUAUUAUUGUUAUUAUUAUUAAAUAAGCAUUGGAGAUGCAAGUAACUGUGAUUCAAUCUUAUGAACGUCUCAAGUUGUAUUUCCUAGCUACUUGAUGGUAUCAGAAAGUUCUGAA